AGCAAGAGCAUGAAAAGGGAGCGAAGCAGAUUGUAUCUUCAUUCAUUCUGUAAAAUAUUAACUUCUACUGCAUCAACGUUUUUUAUGUGUCCAGCAGUAAACAACUGAGAUGGACAAAUAUUUGUUCUUUUUUCUACUGUUUGCAUGUGCGUCCUUGAGCCAUUCAGAUUCGAAAAGCUGUAAUGGCCGUUGUGGACAAGGCUACUACAAAGGAAGUUUAUGCCAGUGUGAUUAUGAGUGUCUAGGACUUAAUGAAUGCUGUACAGACUUUAAAAGCCUCUGUACCACAAAGAACUCAUGUAAAGGACGCUGUGGGGAGCCUUUUGAAAGAGGCAAUACAUGUCACUGUGAUAAUGAUUGUAUCACAUACAAUCAAUGCUGCCCAGAUUAUGAGAGUUUUUGUUUGAUGGAAGAAUCCUCCAAUGAAGAUAUGACCAACUAUGAAGGAGCAGAGGAUUUAGAGACCCCUGUGGAUGAGGGCGCAAGUGCAUUUUUACCUGCACCAGCCGAGGCAACUCCAUCUAAAGCAAAGUGUCCGCCGACCAUAAAACCAGCAGCGGAGCCGGCGACCACAAAACCAACAGCGGAGCCGGAGAUCACAAAACCAACAGCGGAGCCGGCGACCACAAAACCAGCAGCGGAGCCGGCGACCACAACACCAGCAGCGGAGCCAGCGACCACAAAACCAGCAGCGGAGCCGGCGACCACAAAACCAGCAGCGGAGCCGGCGACCACAAAACCAACAGCGGAGCCGGCGACCACAACACCAACAGCGGAGCCGGCGACCACAAAACCAACAGCGGAGCCGGCGACCACAAAACCAACAGCGGAGCCGGCAAACACAACACCAACAGCGGAGCCGGCGACCACAAAACCAACAGCGGAGCCGGCAAACACAACACCAACAGAGGGUUCGCCGAGCACAACAUCAACAGAGGGUUCGCCGACCACCACCAAAACACCAACAGAGGGUUUGCUGACCACAACACCAACAGAGGGUUUGCUGACCACAACACCAACAGAGGGUUCGCCCACCACAACCAAAACACCAACAGAGGGUUCGCCCACCACAACACCAACAGAAAGUCUCACAACCAAAAGACCAAAAGAGGGUUCGCCGACCACACCACCAACAGAAAGUCUGACAACCAAAAGACCAAAAGAGGGUUCGCUGACCACAUCACCAACAGAGAGUCCGAUGACCACAACACCAACAGAGGGUCCCACAACUACAAAACCAAAAGAGGUUCCAGCAAAGGGUCCAACAAACAAACCAGUCACGAAACCUUUUAAACCAAGUUUAGAGAACAAUGACAAAAAAGAUAAAGACAGCGAGCUGUACCAAGCUGAUGACUAUGACACUAAUCUGUGUAGUGGGCGUCCAGUCAGUGGUCUGACAACACUCAGAAAUGGGACCAUCGUGGUGUUCAGAGGACAUUAUUUUUGGACACUGGAUAGAAACAGAAACCCUGAUCCUCCACGGUUGAUUACAAGUGUGUGGGGAAUCCCAUCUCCUAUUGACACCGUUUACACUCGUUGCAACUGCCUGGGAAAAACCUAUUUUUUCAAGGGGAAUAACUACUGGAGAUUUGAGAAUGAUGUAAUGGAUCCGGACUUCCCUAAACCCAUCAGCGAGGGCUUUGGGCGAAUCAGUCAUAUCACAGCUGCUUUAUCUAUGCCUCAGUACAGAAGCAGAAGGGAGUCUGUGAUCUUCUUCAGAAGAGGCGGGAAAGCUCAAACGUACACCUACCAAGUUACUCCAGAUUGUGGGAAAAGGCCAAUGACUCCAGGGAUCGGAUUAAGAAAUCGAUACAGAAGAGGGACUGAUUCAGCACUUGGGACAGUAAUCACCAUCUCAAACACCUGGAGAGGAUUUCCAACCACUGUGACCUCAGCUGUAUCGGUGCCGUCUAGGGUAAAAGAAGGAUACAAAUACUAUGUGUUCUCUCAAGGAAAUUCCCACAGCAUAAAAAUGGAAAGAGAUAAACCGGUGAUCCUAAAACCUGCCAACAGCCAAAAGGAAAACACGGCAAACAGUUUCUUCAAAUGUCCAAAAUCAGACAAAGAUUGAUUUUAUGCAAUGUACAGAAAACAUUACUACUUAUCAUUUUGAUAUUUUGUGUGAAAAAGCUGUUUUCAUAAUACUGGAAUUCAGAGACACCACCAAAUUGUUUUUUUCCAAAAAAUCAUUUAUUGUAAAAUUAUUCAAAUAAAAGUGUUGGUCACAACAGACAAAAAA